UUUUGAAUUCUCUCAUCUCAUCUCCGCAGUCCUUUACAAUGGAAGAUGCUAAUAAUAAUAUUGAGCUGGUUUUCGUUCCAGCCCCUGCAAUGGGUCACUUUGUUUCUGCAGUGGGAACGGCGAAGCUCCUCCUCCAAAGACAACCUCAGCUCUCCGUCACUGUCUUGAUCAUGAAAGUGCAUCUCAUUCCCGAUGCCAGGAUUAAUGCUUACAUCGAUUCUUUGAUUGCCGAUGAGAAGGAUAUUAACCCUAGAUUGAAGCUCAUACUACUGCCUGUGGACCUGGAUGCUUUGAAGGGGCAUAGCGACAAGGCUUCCAUCUUCAAAGCCUUCUUCGAUUCUCAGAAGGCUAAAGUCAGAGACUACUGCGUUAAUGAAAUCCAGAAUUCGGGUUCUGGGAGGCGGCGGCGGCUAGCGGGAUUUGUUGUGGAUAUGCUCUGUUCCUCCUUCAUGGAUGUGGCUGAGGAGUUUGGGGUCCCCACCUACGUGUUCUACGCUUUGGGUGCUGCUAUGCUCGGCCUUCAUCUCCAUUUCCAGAGCCUCAAAGAUGACCGUGGUAUACUUGCCUCGGAGUUUAAGGAUUCCGACCCUGAUCUCAAUAUCCCUACAUAUUUCAAGCCCUUUCCGGUCAAGUUACUACCCAGCUUUGUGUUGGACACAACGGACGGAGUCUUGGACCAUGCUAGACGAAUCCGGCAGGCCAAAGGUGUCAUCGUCAACACCUUCUUCGACCUAGAGUCUCAUGCGCUUGAAUCUCUCUCUAAAGACAAUACCGUCCCGCUCGUCUAUCCUGUAGGGCCCAUAUUAAACCUAAACGGUAUUGCCAAGUAUCGAGAAUCGGAGGAGCAAAUCUUGAGAUGGUUGGAUGACCAACCAGCUUCAUCAGUUGUUUAUCUUUGCUUCGGAAGCGCUGCAGUUGGCGUUUUCCAGGAGCCUCAGGUGAAGGAGAUAGCGUAUGCACUUGAACGUAGCGGCCAAAGGUUCUUAUGGGUCUUGAGGAAGCCAUCCAGUUCAGGUUCACUAGUUCCCACCGGGUAUAGCAAUCACGACGAGGUCCUGCCGGAAGGAUUCUUGGAAAGAACUAAAAGCAUCGGAAAAGUUAUAGAAUGGGCAUCUCAAAGUGUAUUUCUAGCUCACCCUGCUGUGGGGGGCUUCGUGUCGCACUGCGGAUGGAAUUCAGUUUUGGAAAGUAUUUGGUUUGGUGUUCCGAUCGCAACUUGGCCAAUGAUGGUAGAUCAACAAGGAAAUGCAUUCCAAUUGGUGAGAGAGAUAGGAAUGGCUGUGGAUAUUAAAAUGGAUUACAAAACAGAUUCAAGAGAUCCGAAAACCAAUAUUCCAAUAGUUCCUAAAAUUGUAAGUGCAAAAGAGAUUGAAAUUGGAAUCACAAGUCUUAUGGACAACUCUACUACCAAUUUUGUAAGGACAAAGGCUAAAGAAGUUAAAGAAAUGAGCAGGAAUGCACUAGAGGAGGGCGGGUCAUCCUUUAAUUUUGUUGAAAGUUUUUUUAAAAAUGUCAUAACCAAUCUCAAAUAAGUGAAGAAUGAGAUCAAAUGUUUUGUAAUAAUAAAGCAUUGGUGUG